AUGGCGAGUAGACUGACGUCGCCGCUCUCUCUUUUGGCCGUUAACCGCGAAAGAAACGACAACGAAGGGCACGACGCGGUCUCCCCCGACCCCGGGAAUAGUCCCGGCAUGCCGGGCGGGUCUCCCAUGCAACUUGGCGCUACAACCACCUUGCAAUCUCCACGCCAAUCUCGCGAGUCGGCACCCCCUUCACGCGAGUACGGUGACUCCGAUGGAGAUUUGUUCACUCCGCCCCAAGGCGUUCGCGCAAGGCGCCGACGACGGUCCGAGGUGUGGGGAGACACGCCGACGCGGAGCUCGUCACGCACGCGACCGUCGGAGCAAGUCUCGGCUUCUCCGGAGGUCCCUCCGCCUCCCGCGUUCUUCGUGCGGGCGUCGGGGACGAACGCUUCCGAGAGUGACAAACUUCGAUUCAUCCGUGCGGUGGAAGCGAAUAAGGCCAAGGGAAUAAGCGUCGCCGCGACGACCGCGAGGUGGGGAUUCUCUAAGAACGCGUACGCUAAGUACAAAAAACAGGACAAGCUAGGCGAGACGAAGCCCAAGGUCAUCCCGGGCCGCCCGCAAAAGGCGGACGAGGAAAUCAAAGCGAAGCUUUAUGAAGUCAAUCGAGCGUUUCAAGGUGGCUUAACUAUCGAAGGACUAAGCAAGGAGCUCCUCCGCAUCUUCGGCGUAUACCUCAGUCCCAGCACCAUCUGCCGGAUGAUGACGAGGGAUGGCUGGCGUAAGCGAAAGAAACGUUCGUCGCCGUUCCUCACCGAGAAGGCGAUGACGGCGCGCGCGGAAGGUACACAUACACGUACCGGAAGUACUCACCGGAAGUACUUCCGUACUCCCGUACCAAGGUAA